AGCUAACCUAUAAACAUGCCUUAAGAACAAACCAUGGAGAAGUAUGUUAGACUACAGAAGAUUGGAGAAGGCUCAUUUGGAAAAGCUGUUCUUGUUAAAUCCACAGAGGACAGCAGGCAUUAUGUUAUCAAGGAAAUUAACAUCUCAAGAAUGUCCGGUAAAGAACGGCAAGAAUCAAGGAGAGAAGUUGCUGUGUUGGCAAACAUGAAACAUCCAAAUAUUGUCCAAUAUAAAGAAUCAUUUGAAGAAAAUGGCUCUCUCUACAUAGUAAUGGAUUACUGUGAAGGAGGGGACCUGUUUAAACGAAUAAAUGCUCAGAAAGGCACUUUGUUUCAAGAAGAUCAGAUUUUGGACUGGUUUGUGCAGAUAUGCUUGGCUUUAAAACAUGUACAUGAUAGAAAAAUUCUUCACCGAGAUAUAAAGUCACAGAACAUAUUUUUAACCAAAGAUGGGACAGUGCAGCUUGGAGAUUUUGGAAUUGCUCGGGUUCUUAAUAGUACUGUGGAGCUGGCUCGAACUUGCAUAGGAACUCCAUAUUACCUGUCACCUGAAAUCUGUGAAAACAAGCCUUAUAAUAAUAAAAGUGACAUCUGGGCUUUGGGCUGUGUCCUUUAUGAGUUGUGUACACUUAAGCACGCAUUUGAAGCUGGAAACAUGAAGAACCUGGUACUGAAGAUAAUAUCUGGAUCCUUCCCUCCUGUUUCUCUGCAUUAUUCCUAUGAUCUCCGCAGCUUGCUCUCUCAGCUGUUUAAAAGGAAUCCUAGGGAUAGACCCUCAGUCAACUCCAUAUUGGAGAAAAGUUUUAUAGCUAAGCGAAUCGAAAAGUUUCUCUCGCCUCAGCUUAUUGCAGAAGAAUUUUGUCUAAAAUCAUUUUCAAAGUUUGGACCACAGCCUAUGCCAGGUAAAAGGCCAGCAUCGGGGCAAAGCUCCAUUUCUCUUGCCCCUGCUCAGAAAAUCACGAAGCCUGCUGCUAAAUAUGGAGUGCCUUUAACAUACAAGAAAUAUGGAGAUAAAAAGUUACUUGAAAAGAAACCACCCCCAAAACAUAAACAUGCCCAUCAAGUUCCAGUGAAGAAGAUGAAUUCUGGGGAAGAAAGGAGGAAAAUGUUUGAGGAAGCAGCAAAGAAAAGAAGAUUGGAAUUCAUGGAGAAAGAGAAGAAGCAGAAGGACCAGAAUAGUUUCCUGAAGGCCGAGCAGGUGAAGAGGCAAGAGAAGCAGCGAUUGGAGAGAAUAAAUAGGGCCAGGGAGCAAGGAUGGAGAAAUGUUUUAAGGGCUGGAGGAAGCGGUGAAGUGAAGACUCCCUUUUUUGGCAGUGGAGGGGCUGUCUCUCCAUCACCUUGUUCUUCUCGAGGGCAGUAUGAACAUUACCAUGCCAUUUUUGAUCAAAUGCAGCGACUGAGAGCAGAAGACAAUGAAGCAAGAUGGAAAGGAGAAAGAUAUGGUCUACAGCUACCAGAAAGGCAAAAAGGACAGCUAGCUGUAGAGAGAGCUAAGCAAGUAGAAGAAUUCCUACAGCGUAAACGAGAAGCUAUGCAGAACAAAGCCCGAGCUGAAGGACAUGUGGGAAUCCUGCAAAACCUGGCAUCUCUGUAUGGAGGCAGGCCCAGCUCUUCAAGAGGAGGGAAGCCAAGGAACAAUGAGGAAGAGGUUUAUCUGGCAAGAUUGAGGCAAAUAAGACUACAAAAUUUCAAUGAGCGCCAACAGAUUAAAGCCAAACUUCGUGGUGAGAAUAAAGAAGCUAAUGGUACCAAAGGACCAGAAGCAACUGAAGAGGCCGACUUGAGGCUCAAAAAGAUGGAGUUACUUAAGGCCCAAACAAAUGCACGUGCUGCAGUACUAAAAGAGCAGUUGGAGCGAAAAAGAAAAGAAGCCUAUGAGAGAGAGAAGAGAGUGUGGGAAGAGCAGUUGGUGGUGAGGGUAAGGAGUUCAGAUGUUUCUCCACCUUUGGAGCAUCAGGAAACCUCGGGUUCUCCAUCAAAGCAGCAAAUGAGACCUGUUAUUUCUGUGACAUCAGCUUUGAAAGAAGUGGGCCUGGAAGGAAGUUUAACUGGUACCCAAGAAAGUUCAGAAGAAAUGCAAAAGAGCAACAACACUAUUUCAAGUAAGCGAGAAAUACUGCGUAGGUUAAAUGAAAAUCUUAAAGCUCAAGAAGAUGACAAGGAAAAGCAGCAUCACUCCGAUUCUUGUGAGAUUGUUGUUCAUAAAGAUGCCAAAGAGUAUGAGAAAGAAAAUACUGUUUCCUCUGACCGCAAGAAGUGGGAGGUCGGAGGUCAGCUUGUGAUUCCUCUGGAUGAAGUGACACUUGAUAUGUCCUUCUCUGCAACUGAGUCACAUACCGUGGGAGAGGUGAUUAAGUUAGAUUCUAAUGGCUCACCAAGAAAAGUCUGGGGGAAAAGCCCCACAGAAUCUGUGCUGAAGAUACUAGGAGAAGCCGAUCUCCAACCACAGACAGAAUUACUAGAAAACACAGCUUCUAAAAGUGAAAUUUAUUCUGAAGGGGAAAACUACAAACCGUUAGUCACUGAAGAAGAGAAACCAGAAUGUAUUUCAAAAGGAGUAAACCCAUCAGCUACUGUUGAUUCUAUUGAUACAGAGAGCCCAGAGUUUAGAGAGGCCCCUCCACUAGUUACAGAAGGAAGUGUAGAAGAACCUGAGGAUUUGGAAACAGAAGUUCUGCAAGAGCCAAGUAGCACAGACGCAGAAGGGAACUUGCCACAGGUGGUUAAUGAUGUGUGGAUUAAUGAGGAAGCAGCAACUAAGGAGACUGAGUUGGAAGAUAAGGCUGCCAUACAGCAGAGUGAAGUUUGUGAGACUAGAAUUCCGGGAAAUGUGAACCAAUCUUGUGAGGAUCAUAUAGAACCUGCAGUGGGUGAUUCUCAGCAGUCUGAGUGUGAUGUGGGGAAGUCAGUACAACCAGAACCAUUUUUCCAGAAAGUACUUCAUUCUGAACACUUGAGUUUAGUUCAGUCAACUCACUGCCAACCAGAAGUAACAGUUUCACUCCGAUCCCGCUCCGAUUCACCACCAAAAACUAAAACCAAGAAUUCCUUACUGAUUGGACUUUCAACUGGUCUGUUUGAUGCCAACAACCCAAAGAUGCUGAGGACGUGUUCACUUCCCGAUCUUUCCAAGCUGUUCAGAACCCUGAUGGACGUUCCCACUGUAGGAGACAUUCAUCAAGACAGUCUUGAAAUAGAGGAGCUUGAAGAUGAACACAUUAAAGAAGGUCCUGAUUUUGAAGACACUGUGUUUGAAGAAACUGACACAGAUUUACAAGAGCUUCAGGCCUCAAUGGAGCAGCUCCUUAGGGAGCAGCCUUGUGAUGGAUACAGUGAGGAGGAGGAAGAGCCUGUCUUAAAAAGUGGCAAAAUGGAGCGGACAGCCAGGGGGACAGAUGCGGCAGAUGAGGAGGACAACCCCAGCAGCGAAAGUGCCCUCAAUGAGGAAUGGCACUCAGAUAAUAGUGAUGGUGAGACAACUAGUGAAUGUGAAUAUGACAGUCUCUUUAACCAUUUGGAGGAACUAAGACUUCACCUGGAGCAAGAAAUGGGCUUUGAAAAGUUCUUUGAGGUUUAUGAGAAAGUAAAGGCUAUUCACGAGGAUGAAGACGAAAAUAUUGAAAUUUGUUCAACAAUAGUUGAGAAUAUUUUGGGCAGUGAACAUCAGCAUCUCUAUGCCAAGAUUCUGCAUUUAGUCAUGGCAGAUGGAGCCUAUCAGGAAGAUAAUGAUGAAUAAUCCUCAGGACAUUCUCUAAUAUUCAACUAUAUGAAAACAUUUGAACUUGGAAAAUAGAGAUUAUUUAUGAGAAAUACCAGGUUUAAGAUGGGCAUACUUAAUGCAUGAAAAGAUUGAGAAGUGUGGUUUUUUUCUUACAUUUUAUCUACUUUAUUUUUUUUUAUUGGAUUCUAUAGCUGACUCCUAUAGACUCCUAUUGAAUGUAUAUGUCUUUAAAUCAUCCCACCAAAGCAUUGACUGGGAACUGGAAUUAAUAGUGUUGAAAUUUAUCACGAUAUAAGGAACUACUUUUAGCAGCCAUCUUUCUCUUGAAGGAGUAGCCCAUGUCAUAAAAGGCCCGCCUUUGGGUUUAUUGAAGUUUCAGCAUGACUCUUUUUCUGUCUGGAGUUUUUCAUUCUGGCUAGCAGUUCUACAUUAAAUAAUCCUUGUCAAGGGCUCUAUUCAAAUCUCUACAUUUUGAAGAUGAAAUUUUAGCCUUGAAGUUUGUAUUCCCAAGUCAUUUUUCAACCACUGAAUAUCUGAACUAGCUUGGUGGAAACAGGCUGUGGAAACAAACCUAAAAAAAUCAUUGAAAGAUUUGAUUAUAGAAAAAUAACAAAGUUGUUCCCUGAUACUUAAAAGUUCCUUCAUUUCUUCUGUUUCUUUUUAUAGACCAGAAGUGGUGUAUCUAAAAAUCAGGCUAUAUUAUUUAAACCUGGACCUAGCAUAUAGCAUAAAAUUUCCCUUUUGUUUUUAACCCCUCUUAUAUAUGUGCCUCAGUGUCAUCUGCAUUAAAAUGGAGACAGGAGCCCUUCUCUUUUGGCACCCUUGACAAUCUAGUAACUACUAUGGGAAAUGGUUACCAAUUUUUUUCAGUAUGAGGAUUUAACCAUGUCAUUACAAUGAUGGUCACAUAGUUUCAGUUAUGUGAAACUGUAUAGAGAAACAGUUAUAGUUUCAGAAUACACCAAGUAUACAUGGCUCGUAUACAGUCUGAAUGUUCUUAAUAAUAAUAGCAGAACUGUGUGCUUCUCAUUACCAGUCAGCCUGAUUGGCAUAAGCUGUCAUCUGAAACAUGGACUCUUGUACUGUAUUGACUUCAUUAUGUAUAUUAUUUCUAAUAUCCAAAGCUAAAUACUUGAUUUUUAUAUUUUUAUUUUAUACUAUUAAAUUUGUAUUAUGUACCUGAAGUAUACGAUCAUUUGUCUUUAUUAGCAGUGUUCUCAAUA